GCUUAUCAUGGCGAGGUUAAGCGAGCAUGGGAUCCGUCUGAGCUCUAUGAGUCCUUCCUUCCUGAACAGCAACUCUACAAGUCAUACCUGGCCUUUCAGCGCGGUGGCAGAAUUGAUAGACAAUGCAUCAGAUCCUGGUGUAUCUGCUAAACAGAUCUGGAUAGAUGUGGUUGACGAAGCCGGUCACCACUGUAUAACAUUCACUGAUAAUGGCAGUGGUAUGACCCCCAACAAACUGCACAAGAUGCUCAGUUUUGGUUUUACAGAAAAGGGCUCAGGGAAGGCCAGUCAGCAGGCCAUCGGCGUCUACGGGAACGGUUUCAAGUCUGGUUCCAUGCGUCUGGGCCGUGACGCGCUCAUCUUCACCAAGAAUGGCGGCUGCCAGACUGUGGGAAUGCUAUCUCAGACCUACCUGGAAAACAUCAAGGCCCAGGCCGUCAUCGUCCCCAUCGUCCCCUUCAACCAACAAACCAAGUCGCUGGUGGUGACAGAGGACUCAGAGGCAAGUCUGGCAGCCAUCCUCCAGCACUCCAUCAUCGGCUCUCAGGAGCAGAUACAUGCACACUUUGACUCCAUUCUCUCCAAAAAAGGCACCAAGAUACUAAUCUGGAACAUCCGCAGGGCCAAAGAUGGCAAGCCGGAGAUCGACUUUGGGAGCGACGUGACUGACUUCCGUUUGCCAGAGAUUCAUAUUGAGGAGCUGAAGAAGGGACUGAGGAACAGUGGAUCCCUGAGAGCUGAGCAGAACAUCCCCGACAUGCACUAUAGUCUCAGGGCCUACCUUAGCAUUUUGUAUCUGAAACCAAGGACACAGAUCAUACUGAGGGGGAAGAAGAUUCUUGCCAAGCUGGUGUCGAAGAGGCUGACACACAUUGAGCAUGACGUGUACAAACCCCACUUCAGUAAAGAGAAGGUGAAAGUGACUUUUGGGCUGAGUCCGAAAAACAAAGAUCACUAUGGCAUCAUGAUGUACCACAAGAACCGACUCAUUAAAGCGUACGAGAAAGUGGGCUGCCAGCUAAAGGCUUCAGGUCAAAGAGCAGGAGUCGGGGUCAUCGGUAUCAUCGAGUGUAACUUUCUCAAACCUGCUCACAACAAGCAAGACUUUGAAUACACCAAAGAAUACAGACUCACCCUCGGCGCUUUGGGCCUAAAACUCAACGACUACUGGAAGGAGGUGACAGAGAAGAAGGCCAGAGAGCGAGAGUUUCAGGCUCUAGACAGAGAUGAAAAUGAAGAUAAGAAUGACGUUGAUGAGGGGCCCUUGUGGCUACAGUGUGAGGAGUGCCUGAAGUGGCGGAGCGUACCUCCAAGCCAUUACAGUGUCGUUCCCGAAAGCUGGGACUGCAGCCAGAACCCCAAUCCACGUUACAGAAGCUGCUCUUCACCAGAGGAAACAGAAGAGACAGAGAAGUUGUUAACACCCAGUUACCAGAAAAACCACAAGAAACAAGAGCAUCCCAAAAGCAGAAAACGAGAAAAAUCAUUGGAGGUGUGUGAGUUCCAGGACCAAGUGGCAAAACAUCAAAUCCUCUCACGUAGUUCAUCAGAGCCGAGCCAGCCCACCUUCCAGUCCACACGCACACCUGAUCGAUGGCACACAGAGGAAAACACACUGGAACAUGAUCAGACAAACACAGAUCACUGUGAAGAUGAUCACGCAGACACGCACACGAAUGACAAUGUACAGACACAAAACAGGGUGACAGGUGAAGUCGCCCGCACACAACAGAAGCCGUCUGGAAGACACACAGUCAUUAGAGACAAGACAGGAAUCACACAAGGACUUUUGCAGUUGGAAAAUGAGACAAACUCUCAAACCUUUGAAGGUACAGAGAACGACAAACAGAAAGACACCAACGUGGAGCCAUUCGAGAGAGAAGAGGAGAGCACAGACACAUUAAGCCACAAAAGGAAGUCGGGAUUGUCAUUUUGCUACGGGAGAAAGAGGACAUGCCUUUGGGAGGAGCGGCAGCCAAACUCAGACAAUCCUGAGAAACAAACACAUGUGUCUGAGACACUUUCCUUGGAGAGGACCAAGCCGGACAGUAGCAGCCGAGUAGAGAAACCAGGUGACACAGUGCAGCAAACACAGACAGGCCUCACCUGGACCCACUCGCUCCCCUCCACCCAGACUGUGAUGGUCUCUCCACUGAGUCGAACAGAAGGGCCAUGGAGCAGACCACUGCUUCUCAAAGGGAGUGAGCGGGAGUCUAAAGUACAGAAACUGGCUGGGUUAGAGAAAGAGGUUCAGGGGCUACGGAGGCUUCUAGGUCUGGAAGUCACAAAGACAUCUCAAGGCACGAUGACAACUGCUGAUAGCAGUACAGAAAAUCCAAAAGACCUGCCAGCAUCCACAGCAAGCAGAGAGGUUGGCUGCCAGACGGACAUAGCUGAGAGCUCUGCUUCAUCCAGCAGCCCGUCCCUAGCUGUGCUGGUCCAGGGUCAAAGAGCUGUAUGUGGGUCGAAGGAGCAGCCUGAGCAGAACCGACCCUGGAAGGAGAAAACUGAAACUCAGAGCAGGACCAGAGUCUGUGACAGCGAGGCCUGUGAAGACAGCAGAUCAGCGCAGGAAAAUCUGCGUGAUAUCCGUAACAACGUGGUGGUACUACUCACAGCCCUGCUGCCCCAGCUGGACCUGGCUGGCAUCAGUAUGGAGACCACUGACGUAGACAGCAUCCUGCAGCAGAUCAUAGAGGUCAACUCACUGAAACUAUGAUCAGUAUUGUCAUUGAAUCUAGCAGAUAUCUUUUGGCACAGAUUGGUAUUUUUUUCCAUGUUCUUAUGCAAAGUUUGGGUUUAUAAAACUAACCUAAAUGUAGAGUAUAAGGUAAUAAUCAUCUUGUAAUGCUCAUUUCGAAAGUUAUGUCAUUCUCACAUUAUCUUUCUGGUGCUUGUGGAUGAGCUCUGUAAUUUAAUGUUUUUAUGUCCUUAUGUUCAUUGGUUUACAGUCGAGAUAUAAGUAAGAAAGUGCAGCUGGUUAUAGUUUCUCAGUGUGUCUGAUGCUGAGACUGAAUUCUUAGAGAGAUUUGUGAAAAAGAGGCACAAAAAAUAUGAUGUGUUGUUUUGCAUAGAAGUUUCCUCCAAAGGUAAAGAGAGGAAAUUCUGUAAUUAACUAGUUGGAUCUGAUUUUGGUAUCCCCAUACAGCCCAAAAUGCUGAAGAAAUAUGAACCAUUUAAUAUUAUAUUAUCUUUUGACUUUUUUUUUUUCUUUAAAAAAGUGUGAUAUGUUGCUAUUGUUUGUUCUGCCUCUGUUUUUAUUGACUAUUUAAAUUAGUUUUAUACACGCAUGGUCAACAUAUUCUGUCAGAGUCAUGGAGUAACGCUUGUUUAUUGAAUUGUUCGUAUUCCAUUUUAUAAACAAAACUUUUUACAUUUGCAUUAAA